AUCGGACCGCCUGCAUCCAGCCAAUCAAAAAUUGGACCACUUGUGCCAGCCUCUAUCUCUAUUGUAUCUCAUCUUAUCUUUCUUCUUCAUGACGGAAAUGUUUGACAGCUACCGUGAAAUAGGUGCGUCCAUGCUGGGUGCGUCUUCUUUACAAUACGAAGUCACGUUGUAAUAAAACAGAAAAACAUGGCCAUGACAUUGUCGUCGAAGGAAUUUUCCUUAAGAUGGAAUAACUUUUCCAAUAACUUGACUUCUGGUUUUCUUUCUCAUUUGAACGAGAACGAUUUGAUUGAUGUAACAAUUGCUGUCGAGGGACACUUAUUAGCUGCCCACAAGCUAGUACUCUCUGUGUGCAGUCCCUACUUUAAAAACAUAUUUAAGGAGAAUCCUUGUCAACAUCCAGUGAUAAUAUUGAAGGAUGUGAAACACACAGAGGUAACGUCUCUACUGAGAUUUAUUUACCAAGGAGAGGUGAAUAUAAAACAGGAAGAUUUGCCUACUUUCCUAAAGUUGGCACAGAUGCUGCAGAUAAAAGGAUUAGAGGAUGGCGAGGGACAAAUUAUACCUUUAUUAAAUGAUUACGCUAAUGUGUCAAAUCCACAUGACUCAAUGGAUAAAACUGCUUUAUCUGAUGUCCCAAAUGAGCAAGAAAACAAGAACAAAACUUCAGACGGAUCUGUGCACUCUCAUGGGAUAGCUAAAAAGAACACUAAAAUAAGAAAGAAACGCAUGACCGAGGACAGUUGCAACUUAAUCAAGAAAAUAAAAAAUGACUCAAAUGUUCACAAUAAGGACGAUGUUUGUCUGUUAUCAGAUAACGAUGAAAAAGACAUGAAUUAUUCUAGUAAUGAGGACAUCAGACAUAAUGAGACUAAUGAGGUUAUUAAUGAUAGUGAUGAAAUAAUUGAGUUAUCUAAUGAACAAAGUUUGGAAGGAAAUUCGUUAUUACAAUCAGCUGUGGUACCAGUGAUUUACAGACUGUCUGCUAGAGGUAGACCGCAGCUAGUUCACCAAGGAUACGUGUACAACAUGACCUCUCGUUCUAAAGUAAACAACAGUUCACACUACCGUUGCGCGGAGCAGCAUCGCGGUUGUCGCGGCAAAUGUUCUGUGAUCGCAGAGAGGUUUAUGCCGACGGGGGUGCAUGAACACAAUCAUCCACCGAGUUAUCAAUCGGAGUAUAAUUAUCGAAAAAAAAAGGCUUAGAUACCGAUAAUGUCUAGAAAGAUUGUUCCAAUGAUGCAUUUCAAGACGUUUUGUGAUUUGAAUUCGGAUUUGAAUUUUAGUUUGUGUGCAUAUAUAUAUAUAUAUAUAUAUAUAUAUUAUAUCCCAGCAAUUGGAACAGACAAUAUGCUUAGUUAGAAAAAGAUAAAUGGUAUCUGUUUUUCUGAUUCAAAUCUGAAUUUAAAAAAAAGAAUUUUGUAUAAUAUAUUACGUGUAUGUAACAUUGUUUACAUGUAUGCACAUAAAAUGUAUAUUUGUAUGUAUAUAUGCGCGCACGCGUGUGUACGUGUGCGCGCA